CAAGUACGGAUGUGAAUCCGGGCGCAACAUGACCCCCACUGGAACGGUAAAUAAUUAGCUUUAUGGGCUUUCAGUAGCGCAGAUUAAAGGACAAAUUUGCGGUUUGUUUGCUACUUUUAAAACUAUUACACGUGAGUGUAAUUUUUGUAAUUAUCACCGAUCAUCAUCAUGGCGGGUUUGUUUUCGUGCUGUUUUGACUGCUGUGACCGUGGAAGCUCCGGCCACGUCGCGCUGAAGGAAAUGCCCACGGUGCAGCUGGACACCAAUCACAUGGGUACCGAUGUUGUUAUUGUAAAAAGUGGCAGGAGAAUAUGUGGUACAGGGGCCUGCCUUGCCAACGCUCCUCUCCAUCAAAACAAGAGCUACUUUGAGUUCAAGAUUCAGUCCACAGGCAUUUGGGGUGUAGGUGUGGCUACAAAGAAGGCUAACCUUAACCAUGUUCCAAUGGGCAGAGACACACACAGCCUGGUGCUUCGGCAAGACGGAACCGUGUACCAUAAUAACGAGGAGAAAAACCGGUUACCGGCGAACAACCUGCCACAGGAAGGAGACGUAGUGGGUGUUUCGUACGACCACGUAGAGAUGAAUUUAUACCUGAACGGGAAGAACAUGAACUGUCCCGCUUCGGGCAUUCGAGGAACAGUUUUCCCCGUAGUAUAUGUGGACGACAGUGCAAUUUUGGAUUGUCAGUUUAGUGACUUCUACCAUCCUCCGCCUCAAGGCUAUCAAAAGAUUCUCUUUGAGCAGCAGAUCUUCUGAUCUUCACACAACUCUGAGGACAUCACUCAUCGUGUCUAUUCCCACUACUGUGUCUCUGGGGAAGUCCGGCUGUGGACGUGUGCUUGUGAUUUAUGUGGCUGCCACAACUGACCAGUGUUAUAUCUUCAGUCAUUUCUCAGAUGUAGAGUCGAUCCCUUUUGGCAGUCAGAACACUCCAACUUUACCCUAAUUUAUGUAUUUCGAGGAAAUCAUUAUUAGGACUCUAAUUUGCGUAUCUGCACAAAAUCCUCCAAAUUCUUCGCACUUUGAUUUUGGAUUACAAUUAAUGUGCUGCUUUUAAAAUACACACAUUUGAACAAUAAUCUGAUCUUUAUUAUAAAUUCUUCCUCGAAAUGAGGUUUUCAACCACAGUCAACUGACAGGACACAUUAAACUAACCCUGAAGUAAAACGUUGAAUUGAAUUAUACUUAAAAUGUUUGGAAACUUUCCAAAUCUGGAAUCCUACCGUAUUUUGUGCCUAUUUGUGUUAUUGAAUCUUUGUGAACAAAACUCUACUGCAUUAGUACAAAAUAAGCCAUGUCUUAAUUCUUAAUUUAAGUUGUUUUUUUUUUUUUAACAGUAUGUAUGUGAGAAACGUAUGGUUUCACCAAAUAUCUUAAGACGGUAGUAUCGGUUAAUUCACUUCAUAUUGUCUAAUAUUUGUCCUUUUUUUUCGUGUCUAAAUAAAUGUGCUUGACUAAUCCAACUAACAUAAUGUAAUAAAUUUAAGAUGUAAAGGUUGCAGGAAAAAGCUGUACCUAUUUACUGUAUGGUCUAUUAUAUUUGCUUUUAAGUUAUUCUUUUCUUCUGUUGUUGUUGUUGCUUGUUGUAAAACACUUUAUUUUAAAGUUCCCCUAUGAUAUUUUGUGCACUGAUUAGUCAGGAGUCGUUUGUGUGAUGUAUGU